AUGAAGAUUUUCGAAAAUUGCCAUUUGUUCCACUAUCCUUUUGAAAAAGUUUCUGCUGCCCAUUGGCAAAAAUAUCCAAACGAGUAUGCAACUCAUGUGGUCGCAGUAGAUACCCUGGAUCGAAAGGUGCUUCCUGAUUCCCAAACUUUGUACACUGAACGAUUGAUUACUUGCCGCCAAGGUGUUCCACGAUGGAUUCUCAAAUUAGUCGACGGUGCACAAGAAUGCUAUAUUCGAGAAGUUAGCUACAUGGAUUUGAAAUCGCGUACAUUAACGCUUUUAUCCUCGAAUAUGACUUUUUGUGAUCGUCUUCGUGUACAUGAAACCGUAACAUACUCUCCCCAUCACGAGUUAAAUGCUACUGUGUUUCGACAAGAGGCACGCAUCGAGGCACUUGCAUGCAUGAAGCGCUUGGCUAACAUCGUUGAGCAAUGGUCUGUAGACCGUAUAAGUCAGAAAGCUUCCAUUGGCAAAUUGGGAUUUGAAAAUGUAUUGAAACAGAUCAAUCUAUCCGUGUUCCAUCAGCUUCCUGUACCUUCGCCGGACGCAAAUUCUUAA